GUUUUGUUUACAUAAGAAAAGCAUGACAUCCAAACUAUUACAUUUCCAAACUCCCCCAACCCAACCUUUGCUUUCCCACAAAACCAGCCUUCCCAUCCUCAUUAUCGUUUCAUGGUCCCCCCCUUACACAUGUCACAUGAUCUCAUCCUUCAUUCUCCAUCUGUUACAAAAACCAUCCUCAUCCCCAUCCCUUUUUUCAUCCAUCAUGCAUACACUACAUGCAUUCCACUCUUCCCAAUAAUCCUUUUUUUUUUACAUAAACGAUAAGAGUUAAGACCAUACAAAAAGCUAAAGAAAAGUUCAAACAAAAAAGUUAUGCAUGAGACAUAGAAAUUUGAUCAAUUCAUCAUCAAAAUCUCAUCGAUCAUGGACAGUACAGAUUCAUCAUCAUGUUCUCAACAUCCACACCUACCACCAGGCUUUAGAUUCCACCCAACUGAUGAAGAACUUGUCGUUCACUACCUUAAGAGAAAAGCUGCAUCAGCACCUCUUCCAGUAGCUAUCAUAGCAGAGAUUGAUCUGUACAAAUUCGACCCAUGGGAACUCCCAAGUAAAGCAACUUUUGGGGAACAAGAGUGGUACUUUUUCAGCCCAAGGGAUAGGAAAUACCCAAAUGGGGCCCGGCCCAAUAGGGCUGCAACUUCUGGGUAUUGGAAAGCUACUGGAACUGAUAAGCCUAUAUUAACAUCUGAUGGGAAUCAGAAAGUUGGAGUUAAAAAAGCACUUGUUUUUUAUGGAGGGAAGCCACCAAAAGGGGUUAAAACUAAUUGGAUUAUGCAUGAGUAUAGGCUUAUCACUGAUCACAAUAAUAUUAGUAAUAAUCAUCAUUCCUAUAAUGCAAGUUCAAAAACUCCACUUCUGCCUUCUGAUCAUCCUCCAAACAAUAACAAGAAGAAUUCUUUGAGGCUUGAUGAUUGGGUUUUGUGCCGAAUAUACAAGAAAAGCAACAGUAGCACCAUGCCAAGGCCACCACUAAUGGAUCAAUAUGAUAAAGAGCUUUCAAUGGAACAUACAUAUAAUAUGCAACAAAACUCUAAACCUCUUCCAUGUUCAAGAAGCACAAGUUAUGGACUAGAAAAUGAUGACAAUUUCUUUGAUGGAAUCUUAGCAACUGAUCAAGUAAUGCAAAAUGGUUGUGAAAUAAACUCAAAUAAGGUUGAUCAUAACAAUGAAUCAUUCCCUAUGAAACGUGCACUAAAUGCAUCAUCACAAUUUUGGCAUGAAACAGGUUCACCAGGGUCAUCUUCUUCAAGUAAGAGAUUCCAUGGAGAUCUUAAUAAUAGUGGCAACAACAAUAUUGAGGAAAAUAAUUCAUUUGUUUCUUUGCUUAGCCAGCUUCCACCAAACACAACUUUUCAUCAAAAUUCAAUUCUUGGAGAUGCAGGUGUAAUGAGGCAACAAUUUCAACUUCCGGACAUAAAUUGGAACUAAUUAUUAUAUUAUAUUAUUUAUAUAGCUAGCUAGCAUGGUUAAUUUGGCUUAAUAGUUUACACAUACCUUCUUUAAUAAUUGAUUCAUGCUAAUCUUACUAUUGUAAUCAUUGAUAUACAGAAAAAGGAAAACACAGGACUAUAUAUGUAUAUUUUGAAUUUGAAGAUUACAAAGUUACAAUAAUAUAUUAAGUUGGUAUAGUACUCCCAUGAUCAAAUAUUAUGUUUGGGAAGAAUUAGAGGGAAGGAUUCGGUUAAUUAAAGUUGGUUGUCAGCUAUAAGUUGAUAUAUACUG